AUGGACAAUUCAAAUGCAUUUACAACAGCAUUGAUAUCAUUGAUAGCGUCAGACUUUCCAAUGAUCCUAUCUCUCAUUUUUGGCGGUUGUUGCAGCAAUGUCUUUGCGUUAGAAGUUCUUCUUACGAAAACUCCUGCUUCAUUUUUAGGUCAACUCAUCACAUUAGGUCAAUUUGCAUUUGUAGCAUUGGAAGGUUUACGACAUCACUUGACUUUUGGAAAAUAUGGUUUACCGUGCUUAAAACGGACGACUGUACCUCUUUCUCGCUGGUUCCUUUUGGUUACCAUAUUUUUCAUUGUAUCUUUAUUAAACAAUUUGGCACUAGGAUACAACAUCUCUGUGCCUUUGCAUAUUAUAUUCAGAAGUGGUGGUUUAAUUAUGAACAUGAUUUUAGGUGCAUUAAUUUUGAAGAAAAGAUAUUCAAUGGAACAAAUUAUUGGUGUUUUGUUUGUUACUGCUGGUGUCAUUUGGGCUACAAUGGACAAUGCAUCCACACACACUCAGGUAGUUCAUCAAGGAGGAACCAGUAGUACAUCCGAAUUUCUCACAGGCAUCUUUAUUUUAUUGGUUGCUAUGGUAUUAUCAGCUGGUAUGGGUUUGAUCCAAGAAGUGACAUACAAAAAAUACGGUAAACAGUGGAGAGAAGGAUUAUUCUAUACCCAUUUCCUUGCAUUGCCUAUGUUCUUGCUCGGUUAUAAUGAUUUGAUCGUUCAAAUCAACGCUUACAAUAAUUCACCUAAAAUGUCAAUCCCUGCUAUUUUACACCAAGUACCACUCUUGGAUAAUAUCGUCAAUCUUAUUCCAGCAUCUGUAUUGCCCGCUCUAGAGCAAUUCCAUAUGCGUAAACUAUGGGCAUUUUUGAUCAUGAAUGUGCUGACUCAAUAUGUGUGCAUUGCUGGUGUGAAUCGUAUGACCUCUGUCGCGACCUCUUUGACUUUGAACUUGGUGUUGAACUUGCGUAAAUUCACCUCUUUGAUCUUCUCUAUUGUCUAUUUCAAUAAUCCUUUCGGGUUGGGUGCUAAGCUGGGUUCAGCUUUGGUGUUUUUCGGUACUUUGAUCUAUACACAUGCUGGUAUUAAGGCAAAUAACAAUAAUAAUAGGAAAAAGCAGAUUGCGCCAAAGAAUAAUGGUAAAAAGACGGAUUCAGCUAUUAUCACAUCACCACCAGCAGAAGGCAAGGAGAGGACGAGGCUAGUUAUUUAA